CGGUGAAGCUACAUUGAUAGGACCAAGUAGUACAAUGUAUGUUAUGCCUGGGGAGGACGCUACACUCGACUGUACUAUUUACAACUUAGGCGAUUCAACUGACCACGCUACAUGGGUAUAUGAAGAAACCUCAACCAUAGUUGCCAAUAUAUAUCCAACUGGUACUGGCAAUGCAUCACCAGGAUAUGGUGUGGAUACUUCAACAUCAAAUAGAUAUGAUUUGAUUGUAUAUGACAUCACUUUAGAUGGAAGUGAUGGUGAAUAUGAUUGUUAUUUCAGUCUGGAUAACAAUCCUGAUGGAGAAGUUGGAAAACUUGUUGUGUUGGACAAUGUUGAUUCAGUUGAUAUUGUUGACCUCUAUGAUGACCAGAAAGUAGAUAUAAUAGCAGGAGAAACAACACAAUUCACUUGUAAAGCAUCUGAUGGUAACCCAGCAGCUGAGUUAACAUGGACAAUAGGAGACACCAAUAUCACAGAAUACAGUACAUAUACAACACAAGUCAGCGAUAAUAAUGACAAACUACAUAACUGUAUGAGUGUGUUGAAUUAAACAUUCAAUGCAACAGAUAAUGGAGAGGCUUUGAAAUGUCAAGCAUUUCAACAUGAACGAUUAACAAGAACAAGUGCACGUGUUUACGUGAAUGUGUUAUACCCUGUAAUAAUCUCCGAAAUUGAGAUUAUUUCUUGGAGUGAUGGUGGUGUGAUAAAUGUGGCAUGUGUAGAUACAGCCAAUCCAGACUCAUAUCAAUAUGAAUGGGAAGCUGAGGGUGGACAGACUGGUACUACAUAUGAGAACACAUGGGAACUUAUAGAUACUGGAAAUGAUGGCCAAGAAGAGAUUACAUGUACAGCUACAAACACUA